UUUAAUCCUCGGGGAAAUGAUAACGAUAAGGAAUCUGGGGUACUGCGCCCUGGCAGGGGCAAUUCGCCUGCUAUUGAUGAACUCGGAGCUCCAGAAAAUAAUCGCCGACAGGGUCGAGGUCUCAACGGCCUUGAACUCUUGGAAACGAGUGACAGAAGGUGUCCACUUGAGAAAAUUCAACAUCGACCCCUACACCGGUGAUUUAUUCCACGAGACCCCGGUUGGACUAUUGGCGUUCACCUACAUUCACGAUUAUUUAUCAAUCUGGGCAGUCAAAUGUAUUUUCGUACUUGCUGACUUGAUUACUGCCUGGUGUCUCUUUUCCACUGCCCGCCUCUAUAUUGCAGAACUUGUGAAACGAGAGCGAGAAAUAUUAAAGAAAAAAGAGACGAAAGACACGGACCUCUGCUACACGCCUAUCUCGAAGAUCGCGAAGACGUCGGUGCUGUACGUCCCAGCAGCUUAUCUGUUUAACCCAUUCAUCGUUCUGAACUGCGUGGGCCUGACGACGACAGUAUUCACGAAUCUGUUAUUCUCGGCGAUGUUGCUGUCGAUGAUAAAACGUUCCAAGUUGGGAAGCAGUUUUUUAAUAGCCCUCCUGACGCUCCAGGGGCUGUACCCAAUGGCACUAAUGGUUCCUGCGACGAUUUACACAACGAGGGAUUUUCCCCAGGGCAAGAGGUUCCUUCCAAUCACCCAAAUGAUUUUUCUCUUCUCCUUUUUUUUGGGAGCCCUCUGCUACCUCUCCUUCCUCAUCAUGGGGAACUGGAAUUUCUUAGGGAAUACUUUGGGCUUCAUCCUGACUGUUCCUGACCUGCGCCCUAACAUCGGACUGUACUGGUACUUCUUCACAGAGAUGUUCGAGCACUUCCGAUGGCUCUUCAUCGCCUCAUUCCAGAUAAAUGUGGGAAUAUUGUACGUUAUUCCGCUCGCUCUCAGCCUCAGGAAGGACCCGAUGCUCCUGGCAUUCGCCUAUUUAGCUAUUCAUGCAAUUUUCAAGUCAUAUCCAUGCAUCGGCGAUGUUGGGUUCUACAUGGCAUUGCUACCUCUGUGGCGACAUUUAUUCAAACAUAUGCAGCAGGGCUUCCUGGUUGGCUGUUUCAUGCUCUUCUGCACAGCGUUCGCCCCAACAGUCUGGCACCAGUGGAUCUACUCGAGAUCAGCGAAUGCCAAUUUUUAUUUCGGUGUCACUCUAGCAUUCGCCAUCGCUCAAAUAUUUUUACUGACAGACAUACUGUUUGCUAGUGUUAAAAGAGAACUGGCUGUCCGCCACGGAUUGUCAACGGAGAUCAACGGAAAGAAAGCUCAACUUAUUUUGGAAUAAUCUGAUAAUAAUAAUCAAAGAAAAUUCAACUGAAAAAGAAACUCAAUAAUUUCACGAUUUUUCCUGCGAAAAAGAAUUCAUCGUAUGAUCUAGAAGAUAAGUAGAAUCGGAUGCAUUGAAUACCGAGUGAAUGAUCAGUUGAAAUGAUUCAGUGUGAUUGCGCCAAUAAUUGAUUAAUCGUGAUGAAAUAAAAGUUUGAUGAAAAUAA